ACUAUUUCGUGGUCGUCUGCGUCUUCGAGUUUGUGCUAGCAUUUGGAUGAAAAAAAUGAUCGUUAUGGAUGUCAAUAACGAUGGACUUUUGUCAACCCCCGAGACGAACGUUGGUAAGCAAACUUUUUGGAUCGCACUCCAUGCCAGGUUUGAGGCACAAAGUGCUGAAUUCCAUCUAUUUGGCUCCCAUGGCCAGUUUCUAACAUUUCCAAAAGUGGUACUCAAUGUUGAUCGCGAACCAUGGUUCACGGUAAUCACGUUUGUUACAUUGGCGUAUUUCUCGGUUUUGGUCACACUCGAGGGUGGUGCAUUUCAAAAAAUUGGCCACGCUUGGCUUCCGAUUGUUACCACUACAUGCUAA